AUGGACACUUCAAUUUUUGUUUUCGGGGGCAUCUUGGUUGCCAUUACGGCAACAUAUCUAUUCCUCCAUAAAACGCAGCGCGAGCGCCUUGUUUAUGGAUUAAAAACCCGUGGUCGAAAGGUUUCAUCGGCAGGAACUCCUCCUCGAGACCUUGCCCCUGAGAAGCAGCCUUCCGGCCCACUUUAUGGGGAUGUUCUACCGCCCCUGCGCCGGGAAGCACUGUACGAUGUUGCUAGGACCGGCAUUUCAGUUAAAGACGUCCUCGCUCCGAAAGAUCUGGGCGAUUCCGAUGUGGUACGAUCGAUUCUGCCACUGACAGCAAAUUAUCGGACUUGUACGGAAGUUAAAUUUACUCCCCCAGGAUUCUCCACCGACGAAAUUAGAGCUUUGGGGAACUUCCCCGACUAUGCAACUUUGAGCGGUAUUCCUUUGCCGAGCGUUUAUGAGGAGUUCGAUAUCGAUAAAGCUCUGCCCAGACCAUAUCGACCAUUCCGUUGGAAUUAUCAUCAAACUAUGUCGCUCACGAAGAUGGAGCCAGAUUGGUGGCUUGAACUCGAGAAUACAUACAAGAGCCGUGUUGCGCACCGAAAAAUAUUACAUGCCAAACAUGGCAAGUCUGUCCUCGAUAAACUUCCGGGUUCUGAGCUGGCGUGCAAGGAGCUCAUGGAGAUGGUGAUACAGUUCCUCUGCGCCAGGUACCCACGAUACUUUUCUCUUUCGGAGGACAAAAGGUAUUUCACAAAUGGCAUUCUUGAUACAGUCGAGGACCUUCAUACGAAGGACCCCCUUGUUUUCUUGAUGGAUAAUGUCCCUGAGGACUUUGGGAUAAUGCUGAGAGACGACAAAACUGGAAACUAUGUCUUACGGGCAGGGUCGAUAUGCUCUUCCCUGGGAUGGAAUUUGACUACGAAAAUGGGCAUGCAGCUACAUGAGAUCCACGAGCCUAUUCCAGACUAUAAGGAGAAGAUGCAGUUCUCUAUGGAUCGGUACUUUGCCAAAAUGCCAACUGAUAAGCCCAUCCAGCGUGGCUCAUGGGGACUUGAAGUCGAACAACCGCUCUUCAUGCCUCCUGGUGACCCUCAUGAACUCCACCGACUUUCCCAGUCCGACUCCCUCCAGCUCUCUUCUUGCUACCUUCGCGUCGACUGGCAAACUCUCCGUCGUCUCCCACUCUCUGGCUCCAUCAUAUUUAACUUCAAGGCACUUUUCACGCCUGUAACAGAGUUCCGUGACGAGCCAGGCAUUCCAGCGCUUGUGGCGAAGAUUCUGAGGGAGGGGAAGAGAAAUAUUAUGGAAUAUAAGAAUACAUGGCAUGUAGAGCAUGUAGUGUUGCCAGCCUUGGACCAGUGGGCGAAAGAGCAGGAGGAGAAAGGUAUCAUUGAGAAGGACUGGAAUGUUACGACUCUGGAGGAUAGUCCAUAUUUUAAGGGAUGGGAGGAGAAAUGGCACCGCCAGCAAGGGUUUUAA